AUGUUCUCCAAGCUCAUCAUCAUCGCGGCUCUGUCCGCCGCUGCUCUCGGCUCACGCACCUGCGGUACCCCUGAGCCAAGUGAUGACCACCGCGAGACCACCCGCUGGAUGCAGGUCCAGGAGAAAGCCGGUAACGUCAACCAGGCCAUCCCCACCGUCAACGCCUACUUCCACGUCGUAGCCGCCGGCGUGACCGAAGACCAGGGCUACAUCCCCCAGCAGAAGCUGACCGCCCAGCUCGACUACAUGAACGCCGCGUACACCCCGUCCGGCAUCAGCUUCAACCUCGCCGCCAUCGACUACGUCGUCAAUUCCAACUGGUCCGCCAACGGCGACGAGCUGGGGAUGAAACAGGCCCUUCGAAAGGGGUCGUAUGCCGAUCUGAACGUCUAUUUCCUCGGGGACCUCGGCAACGACCUGGGGUAUUGCUACUUCCCCAACAGCAUCACGCCGGGCACCCGCGCCUUCUACAAGGACGGGUGCUCCGUGCUCGCGCAGUCGGUCCCUGGUGGUGCUGCUACCAACUACAACCAGGGCGGCACUGUCGUCCACGAGGUCGGCCACUGGUUCGGGCUCUACCACACCUUCCAGGGGAAUAACUGCACCGGGCUCGGCGACCAGAUCGACGACACGCCCGCCCAGGCCAGCGCGACCUCGGGCUGUCCGGCUACUCGCGAUUCCUGCCCUGGUCAGGUUGGUCUCGACCCGAUCCAUAACUUCAUGGACUACUCGAUCGAUAGGUGCUACCAGCAGUUCACCCCCCAGCAGACGGUUCGCAUGCAGAGCAUGUGGGCUCAGUAUCGCGCCUAA